GCGGCGGCGGCUCCACCAUGGGCGCUUUUGGGAGCGUCCCCGGAGGGGCCACCACUCUGCUGCUUCUCCUCCCCGCCGGGCUUUUCCAGCCGGGCGUCGCGGCGGCUUUCUCGACGAACGAGCUGCCCGAGCGGGCUGCGAUGAUCGGGGUCAGUCCUAGCCCAGCGGCAGGCGAGACCACCCUGGAAGAGACCCGGCUCCAGGUCUUCACCUUGGAUUACCUCCACGUGCAGACCCCCUUCGAGAUCACCCUCUGGAUCUUGCUGGCUUCCUUGGCGAAGAUCGGCUUUCAUCUAUAUCACAAGUUGCCUCAUGUAGUGCCAGAGAGCUGCCUCCUCAUUCUGGUUGGAUUACUUUUAGGUGGAAUUAUGUUUGGAGUUCAGGAAAAGUCUCCACCGGUCAUGAAGAGUGAUGUUUUUUUCUUAUACCUUCUUCCCCCAAUUGUCCUCGAUGCUGGCUACUUUAUGCCAACUCGCCUCUUCUUUGAAAACUUUGGCACAAUUGUCUGGUACGCAGUCAUAGGGACUCUCUGGAAUUCAUUUGGCAUUGGCAUUUCCCUCUUUGCAAUUUGCCAGAUGACGAUCUUUGACUUGAGUGAUAUCAGUCUGCUGCAAUGUCUCCUCUUCGGCAGCUUGAUUUCAGCUGUGGAUCCUGUGGCUGUGUUGGCUGUGUUUGAAAAUAUUCAUGUCAACGAACAGCUGUACAUCAUAGUUUUUGGCGAGUCCUUGCUGAAUGAUGCUGUUACAGUGGUCCUGUACAACUUGUUCAAGUCUUUCUGCCAGAUGCCUACAAUCAAGGCAGUUGACAUAUUUGCAGGAAUUGCUAAUUUCUUUGUCGUUGGGAUUGGUGGUGUCUUGAUUGGAAUUAUUCUGGGUUUUGUAGCAGCUUUUACUACUCGUUACACCCAUAAAGUCCGCGUGAUUGAGCCUCUGUUUGUCUUCUUAUAUAGCUAUCUGUCAUACAUAACUGCUGAAAUGUUUCAUCUCUCAGGCAUCAUGGCAAUUACAUCUUGUGCUAUGACCAUGAACAAAUAUGUGGAAGAGAAUGUUUCUCAGAAGUCCUACACCACCAUUAAGUAUUUCAUGAAGAUGCUGAGCAGUGUCAGUGAGACUCUUAUCUUCAUUUUCAUGGGAGUGUCCACUGUUGGAAAGAACCAUGAGUGGAACUGGGCCUUUGUUUGCUUCACCCUCCUUUUUUGUUUGUUCUGGCGUGCACUGGGUGUUUUUGCAUUGACUCAGGUCAUUAACCUGUUCCGGACUAUUCCCCUGACAUUUAAGGAUCAGUUUAUUAUUGCCUAUGGAGGCCUCCGAGGAGCCAUAUGCUUUUCUCUGGUUUUCCUACUUCCUGCUGCUGUGUUCCCCAGGAAAAAGCUUUUCAUUACUGCUGCUAUUGUGGUGAUAUUUUUCACUGUUUUCAUUCAGGGGGUAACAAUUCGCCCAUUGGUGGAAUUUCUGGACGUUAAAAGGUCAAAUAAAAAGCAGCCAGCGGUCAGUGAGGAAAUUCACUCUCGGUUUUUCGAUCACGUGAAGGCUGGAAUCGAAGAUGUAUGUGGACACUGGGGUCAUAACUUUUGGAAAGACAAAUUUAUAAAAUUUGAUAAGAAGUACCUGCGGAAACUUCUAAUUCGGGAAAACCAGCCCAAAUCAAGUAUUGUUUCUCUCUACAAGAAACUUGAAAUAAAGCAUGCCAUUGAGAUGGCAGAAACAGGGAUGAUAAGCACAGUACCAUCUCUAGCUUCCAUCAGUGACCAUCAAGAUGAAAAAAUAAUAUCCUCUCCUGGUGAGAUUGAUGAUGAUAUACGAUACAUAUUAACAAAGAACCUCUAUCAAAUACGAAACAGAGCUCCUUCAUACAACAGAUACAGCCUAGCUGAAGAUGCAAGUGAGAAACAGGCCAAAGAAAUUCUGAUCCGUCGCCGACACAGCUUAAGGGAGAGCAUUAGGAAGAGCAGUAGUUUGUCAAGACCGGUUGCCAACAAAGCAGCACGCUACUUGUCACUACCUAAAAACACAAAACUUCCUGAGAAACUACGGAAAAGAAAUCAAUUCAUUUUCAAAGUUGGUGAUGGCAGUGAUUCAGAACCUGAUUACACAACAGUGCUAAAUUUAAAAUCCCAAGCAGGGAGGAUUUUAAGGGACCAGAGACUUCAACACCAGCAAGAAAAUAUGGAAUGGAGAAAUGAAAUGGAGGCAGAUAACCAAGAGCCCAUCCACCCUCAAGGAACCAGGGGCUUCAGGCAACCGCUGCUGGCUCGGCCAACGUUUGGCACACUGUGUGAAGAAGAUGCAACUGAAGACAACGAACCACCCAAACCUAUUCCACCGCCUCGAUUAGCCCGGACAGCAUCAGAAGCUGAAAGGCCUAGAGAUAAAUUCUAGAAUAAGCCAUAUUGAAAACUGCUAAAAAGAGUAACUAUCAAUCUCAAAUGUGGUAGAAUAGCAAUCUAUAUACUAAUUGGACAGCUGGGUCCAUUUAAGGUAUAACUGUGGAUACUUUCAGAGGGUUCAAAGCAAGGAAAAGUUCUUUAGGAAUCAUGUUCAUUCACUAAGGGGAAGGAAAGCUUACUUGCAGUGGAACCAAAUAAUGCUGAUGUUUUAUUUUAUAACUGCUGUUUAACUUCCCAACAAAAGGAAGUUUUAUAAAUUAUAUAGUAUGUUUUUAAUUGUUUUAUUUUAUUUGUUUGUCCAUGGCAAGUUGUAAAUACAAAUUGCACUGAAAAAAAAUUGCACAAUGCACCUCUGUUUAAAACACUUGCUUUAAGGAUUCUCUUAAGGAUACCCAAUGCACUGAGAUAUAAUUACAUAUUGUAAAACAUGGGAAUGCACAAGUGAAGCUGCAGUACCAAAUGCUGAAUGACCUUAUGUCCAUGAUGUACAGUGUAUUCUCAAGCCAGUGUAGUAUAACUGAGUGUUGGACUUGGAAUGAGGAAAAUCAAGUUCAAACCACACCUCUGCCAAAAAGCUCACUGGGUAAAUUACUCUCUUUCUCUCAGCCCAAUCUAGAGCCCUGGUGGCCAGGGAUACUAAUGCUGCAGUGCCACCCUGCCACCUCCAAAGGUCUUUCUGGUGGUGCGGAGAGGGUGAACCGCUCAACCCCCCUCAUCAGAAAGCCUUCCGUAGGGCUUAAUGGACUUAUGAAACCAACAUUAGUAUGCUUGAAAUCUGGCAUAUGUUGGCUUCAACCCCAUCCAUGCUUUCAGAACACCCCGCUAUCCUGGCGACUCAGAGGGCCACGGUGGCUGCCCACCAUUAGAUUUGCCCCUCUGCCAGGGAAAGUGCCCCAGGAGGGCAAAUCCACCAGCGUGGCUUUGCAUCUCCUCCAGGAGUCACUUCAGCACCCCCUUCUGGAUUGGACUAUAACACACACAAACACACACACUCUUUCAGCCUAAUCUAGAGAUAUAAAAUUUCUGGAAAUUUUAAAGUCUUUUUUUUUUUUUGGGGGGGGGGGGACCCUUGCCAUUUUUUUCCAGGGAAAAAACUCUGAGAAUUUGGUAAAACUGUAAAUAUAUGCAGUAUUACUUUCCUAUUACACCCAAGUCUAUUUGGUGGCUUUGGAAACAUAAAAUGCAUCCUUUGUAACUUAGCAUAUAAAAUUGUAUCAAUUGGUAUUUUUAUGCCAUCGCAUCAAAUAAUUGGUGACCAAUUGCCACCUUCCAAUGAUGAACCCCCCCCCCCCCAUCAAUUGGCAUGCAGAACUCAGUCCUGCCCACCCAUUGGUAGGACAUCCAUCCCUCAACUUACCUUCCCUCAACGCAGCAGCAAGUCCACUCUCCUCAACCGGUGACCCACCCAUAUAAAAUGGGCUUUCCUGCUAAUUUAAAAUAUAAAUGCCUUAUAAACAAAGUAGCAAAAAACCCAACAGGUUUUUACCAACAAGGUAGCAAAUAUAAGUGAUGUAGCAAAUAUGCCCAACAAGAGAGGGUUGUAAAUUAAUGUACCCUAUAUUAUCAUAUUGCUUUUCUCUAUUUCCAAACUGGGGGGGGGGGGGGGCAUAGGAUUUGUUUAAAGCAUUCCUCCCAAAGUUCCAAUUUUUACAUUGAAAAAGAUGAAAGUCCUUACUAUACGUUUUGAGUGUAUCUAACCUUGUCUUAAAAAGCAUUUCACUUAAUUCAUAAAGCAAUAAGCAUUUCGUAGAUUUUUUCAGUGCACCCCCCAAUAUUCCAAUAUUUCCACUGUAAAAAUUGAAUGUUAGAUAUUUGAGUGAGCAAAAGAUUGUCUUUAAAACUAUUUGACUCCAACGAUAAAACUUCAUGGGAGUUUUUUUUUCCAGUUCUCCCCAAAAUUUCCAUAAUUUUCUACUGGAAAAAGUAAAAAAGAAUUCUCAGACUUUUUCAUGCUAUACAUUUUGAGUGUGAAACACCUUGUCUUGAAAAUAAUUUCACUAAUUAAAAAACAUGUAGGAUUUUUAUUCAUCAAUUCUUCAAAUUUCCCAAUUUUUGAUCAAAAAAAGUACUGGGUGGGGCAGGGGGGCUAGGACAGGUAUUUCCCUGAUUUGUUUUACAGUUUCUUUUAGGGCCUUCACAACUCUAGCCUAACCUGCCUCUCACAGUUGCUAUAAGGAUAAAAAAGGGGAAGGGCAACCAUUAAUGUUGCCAGGAACUCCUUGGAGGAAUAGGGAUAAGAAAUAAAAGCCAAACGCAGCCCACCAGCCAUGUACUGUGUCUCACAAUAUUCUUUAUAACUCUUCACUUUUUUAUAGUCAACAGUUUACCUAGCCCUACAACAGCUAGAUUUAAGUCCAGUAGCACCUUAGGGACCAACAAGAUUUUGAAAGUCACAGCUUUGACUCUCAUUCCAAAGGAAAACCAACAAACAUGAUGAUUGAAAAGAUUUCUCUUUUAAAAUCCUUCUUCGUAGUACAAGAGGUAAAUGGACUGUGAUGAUACUGCUGCUUUUCUGUUGAGGACUAUUUAACCUUUCAACUUGGUUGUUGAAGCUUGUCACUUGAAAAGGAGGAAAAUAAUUUAUAAGUAUAUAUUUUGGGUUAUUUGGUGUUUUGUUUUAGUUUGUAAGCUUUAAAUGAUGAUUUGUAAGCCAUCUUGAGCCAUAAAAAAAGGCAAGAUAUAAAUAUUUUAAUA